AUGCGCCUUAUUGAACACGAAAUACCCAGACUCGUCGCUUACCGCCAACUGUUCGUGCCUCCAAGUUCGUCAACACCUCUGAUCGUUCGUUCAAUCUCGUUUGGAGGAGAGGAGCAUCCGGCAGUGCAGAAGCGCACCAUAGUUGUACCGAUUUCACAUCUCCCGUUGAGGGACGCGUCUGCAAUACAUAAAUUCAAAGUCCUCGCUGGUCCCAGAUGGUCACCAGAACCUCCACGAGAUUCCGGAAUUGGACUGAACGAGGGUGAUGAAGAGCAUGGAUACUUCAAGAUCUCUUGCGAAGACUUCCCGAAGGCUGCUAUGAACCUCAAAUGGGCCAGCGACGCUCUGGAUCGAAUGCUAGCAGAAGCAAAUAACGGUGAGGAUAAGUUUGCAGAUGUGCCGCUGGAUACCCGACACAUCGAGUCGAAGGUGCGGAAAGCCAAGAAGGGAGACCAUGUCUAUGGCCGCGGGGGAAAGCGUCCGUCAAUCAGAGAUUUCCCCAAAGAAUGGCUCCCCGUGUUAAGGAGUGCAACGCCGGAGGCCACAGAGGUUGGUGGUUCUUCGGAUACGCCAUGA